AUGGCUGCCGCUUCUGUCAACAACAGCAACUCUCAGGCACAGCCCGAGUCAACCUUGGAGAAGCUCAACCAAAAUCAUACUUCUACUCCUUCGGUUAGUUCGAAAUUAGAUGGAGCGACCGCCAACGGCGUGGAUAGCAUUGACAGCCCGUACUUCAAAGAACUGCAAAGGAGCUUGCGCAAUACUGUGAAGAAGUUGAAUGCGACCGCUAAAGUCGAUGCCAUCAUUGCCGAGAAUUCCGGAAAAUCCCUUGAUGACCUGGUUGCCGAGAAGAAGAUCAAUGCCGACCAAAAGGCGCAGGCAUUGAAGAAGCCCGCUCUGCAAGCCACUAUCGCUCAGAUUGAAGAGCAGAUCGCCAACUACAAGGAGUUUGCAGCCCAGUACGAGCAACGCCUGGCCACGCAGCAGGCCGAGUUAGAGAAGGCCCACAAAGAGGAGUUGGAUGCAAUCCAGGAGAAAGCUGUCUCUGAGGCCAAUAAAGCGAGUCAGACUGACUUGAGACAGCGUCUGCUUAGCUUGAGCAAAUUUCUCUGUGCUGCUGCCACCAUGAGACGUUCUGGCGAUGAAACCUCCAACCUGACUCGUGCCUUUGAGGGUGUCUUAUACCAGGUUUAUGGAGGGUCGCACGAGGCCGUCAAUUCGAUGUUAAAGCUAAUUGAUGGUGCGGAUGACAAGGUUGUCAGUGUCGAAGGGGAGGCACUGGAGAUCACCUAUAGCAAAGUGAAACAGACUUCUGAAGAGCACGCCCCUGCAACUGAAGAAGUAACCACGGAUACUGCUCCCGAAUCGGAUCCUACUUUGGCCAAUGCGGGUUACACUGAGCUCCAGGAUUCCUCUUAUGGCACCGGAAACCCCGCCGUGAACGAGCCCACCAAUGCUGUAUCCCAGCCCGAGCAGGUCACUCCACCAGCGCAAACACUCGUUGACGAUGCCGCUAACCCUGUUGCUGAGGCUAGCUGGAAUCCCAAGACGGGCGAUUCUCUUGCCUCUUCGGCGAAUACCGAUGGCUGGGUUGAAGUGCCACGUGAUCCUGCCGAGACUGAUACUGGCAUUGAGGCUACACCUGUAGUUGCUGACACAGGUGAUAACAAUGUGACUGCAGAAGAGACUACGGGCAAUGGUGCUGAGAAUGUCACUGUGCCUAAAUCACAAGGUAGCGACGGUUUCGAAGCGGUCGUGCAUCAUCAGAGACAGCCGAGUUCCCGUGGCCGUGGCCGUGGCGGGCGUGGACGUGACGGGUUUCGGGGACGCGGACGUGGCGAUUUCAGGGGUCGUGGUAGAGGUCGUGGUGGCCGCGGGCGUGGCGGACUUGAUGGCAACACUGUCACACCUCCUGCCGGGGCUCAGUAG